AUUCGACCUCCGCUUGCCUUCGCCACCACAAAUACCGCCCGCUUCUAUAGGUUUAGCAGGAGGAGGCUCCAAGGGCGAGAGGUUUCUGAGGGCCACAAAGAUACUUCCGGGGAGCCCGGAGCUCCUUUAGCACAUCUCCCUCUCGCCUCCUCUUCCUAACGUCCUUCGCUGCGCCGGAGAUGCUGCCGUACGCGACAUUGGAGGAGGCGGAGGCGGCGCUGGGGCGGAGCCUUACCGCUGCGGAGACCCUAUGGUUCCGCUACUCCGCCCGGAUGCCCGACUACCUCGUCUACUACCACAACAUCAUCUUCCUGUUCGUCAUCUUCAGCCUCGCCCCCCUCCCGCUCGCAUUGAUCGAGCUCCGCCUCCCCGCCGCCGUCUCCCCCUUCAAGCUCCAGCCCAAGGUCCGCCACUCGGCGGCCUCCUUCUUCCGGUGUUAUAAGGAUGUCAUGCGCGUCUUCAUCUUCGUCGUCGGGCCGCUCCAACUCACCUCCUACCCCACCGUUAAGUUCGUGGGAAUACGGACCGGGUUGCCCCUGCCUUCAUUGUGGGAAGCAGCCGCGCAGCUGGCGGUGUACUUCUUGGUGGAGGACUACGGAAACUACUGGAUCCACCGGCUGAUGCACGGCAAGUGGGGGUACGAGAAGAUCCACCACAUCCACCACGAGUUCACAGCGCCCAUAGGCUUCGCUGCCCCCUACGCUCACUGGGCAGAGGUGCUCCUCCUCGGGAUCCCGUCCUUCGUUGGACCAGCUAUCGCUCCCUGCCACAUGAUCAUCUUCUGGCUCUGGAUCGCCCUCCGCCAGCUUGAGGCCAUCGAAACCCACAGCGGAUUUGACUUCCCUUUUACUCCUACAAAAUUCAUUCCCUUCUACGGUGGAGCGGAGUACCAUGAUUAUCAUCACUAUGUAGGAGGGCAGAGCCAAAGUAACUUUGCUUCUGUGUUUACCUACUGUGAUUACUUAUACGGAACUGAUAAGGGGUACAGGUACCACAAGGCAUGCUUAGCAAAGCUGAAGGAAGAGCAGUGGAGAAACGGUGACCGAAACGGGGAAGUUAAUGGUUUCAGCUAUAAUAAGAAGUCGGAGUAGCCAUUGAUAUCGUUCAUCGUCCGUAAUAUCUAGGUGUUUAUUAAGAUAAAUGGGGCUUUUCUAGUUCCUAUUAUUUCUGUCCACCUAUCAUCAGAUUGAAAAUCUUUUCAUAAGAAAUGGUUUUGAGACAGAGAUGCUGUUUUUGAAUGGGUAAACAAUUUGCUAGGUCAUGUUUGGUGCAGUGACCAGCUAAAAUUGGAUCUUGUUUGCAUUUAGUGUUCCCUGAGCAUACUUAUGUCUUGUGAGAAACCUUCCUCUGCUAUGGAUAAUAAUAGUCUUCUUUCAAGUU